GGUUUUGUGAGGCCCCAUGGUGUCACAACAGACCACUGGUUUCAGGCGGAGGAAUCCCGGCAGGGAUAAAGGUGCUCCUGCCCUGCUGCAUCCUCAGCCAGCGCUGCCCAGAGCGAGAGGAAGAUGAAGGUGGCUGUGCUCAGCGUGGCCCUGCUCUUCUCCAUCCUGCUGUGUCCCCUGGCACAGGCCAAGGCGCUCCUGGAAGGAGUCCAAGAUGAUCUGCAGGAAAUUGAUUUAGACAAUGUCGCCGUCCUGGAGACGCCUCUGGUUGGUACCACUAGUUCUGCCAGUGCCAGACCUUCCCCUUGCAUGGCCACCACACCCCAGAUCAUCCCAGUACAUCCCAGCACAGCCCAGUGCACCCCUACUGACCCCCCAGACAACUCCACUGCCCUGCAGAUCCUCCCCAGGGAACUUCUUUUCCUAGGCCCCCAUUCCAUUCCCAUCCCUGUGCCCCCAGCACCCCCUGGAUGUCCCAGGUUGCAGCCCCCUGCCCCAGCUGUGCCUCUUGGCCAGGCCCCCAGUGCUUCUGGGCAGAAGCAGCUCCUGCACCCCAUUGCUCCUCUCAGGCCCCUUUCCCAAGGUCCCCCAUGCUUUUCCCUACCUCCCAGUGCAGCCCAGUGCCCCCAGUCUGUCUCUAAUGCUGUGUUUGUCCCCAGCCCCCAGCUGUUGAAAAGGUGGAGGCUGUUUUGUGGCAGAAGUGCCUGGCUGCCUCUCUGGGUGCCUAGGUGAGCCGUGCCUGCAGAGUGAGGGGUGAGGAAAGGGUGUCACUGUCGGUGUGGUCUCUUUAAGCCUGAGAUCCUUCACCGGAGAACACUUGGUGGUCUUAGAGUUUGUGUUUUUCCCAGCUCGAGCACUGAAGAAAAGUCAGAGGCCGUUUUCUGAGGUUUCCAACGUUGUUUAUUCUUUCUUAUCUAAGAAAUUCUUUCUCUGACUAACAGAGGUCUGCCUAGCAUGUCUGUUGGAGGCACACUGCCUGCCCUCUGGGCAGGUCUUAUAUUUUAUACUAUAAAUUACGUACAUUAUGCUUACAAUUAAUUUCCAAUACAUGACACUUACAUUGCACUGUCCAACUUUUUCCCAAACCAAUCCAGAAGUGCCAUCCUGGCCCAAAAGAUGGAGGCUACAAAGAAGAAGAAAGAGAGAUAUUCCAAGCCCAAAAGCCUCCAUCUUAGCUCUUAUUAUAAACCAUUCUAUAAAUUCACUUUUCAACCUUCUAACAAUCUAAUUUAUGCUCUACUUAUUUUUUGUGACUUGUAAUUCUUUCCGUAAUGAUGGGAAUUUUUCCCAGAGACUGAGAUCAAACCCACAGGGGUCUUGGGCACUAUGCCAAGGUGUCUGAACCCCCUGCCUGGAUCUAGAAGCAUCCAGGGAAGCCAGGGGAAUACCCUGGACUCCCACAACAGGGCCCCUCUCAUAUCCCACUGGGCACCAAAGGUCACCUUCUGGGGUUUGUUUUUAGGAUUGGAAGUUGUGGGGACAUCAGUGUCCUGAUCCCCUCUGGCGGCAUCAGGAGAUGAUCACCCCUGGAGGAACCCCCUGACCCCUUUGUGCCUUGGGCCAUUUCCCUUGAAUAAUCAAUAAAUCCUUUGAGC